CUUAAACACUCUGGUCAAAAUGGGAGUAUACUCGAGAGCGGUUGCGUUUUCGGUCUUUGUGUCGUUUCUGCUGUUUUUCACUGCUUAUUCUAAGAGAAAUGAUGGAACAUUCAGAGUUGGCCUGAAAAAACUGAAGUUGGAUCCUAACAACCGACUCGCAACACGCUUUGGUUCCAAGCAAGAAGAGGCCUUGAGAUCUUCUUUGCGUUCGUACAACAACAAUCUUGGUGGUGAUUCUGGAGAUGCUGAUAUUGUCCCGCUCAAGAAUUACUUGGAUGCUCAGUACUAUGGUGAGAUUGCUAUUGGUACUCCACCGCAGAAGUUCACUGUCAUUUUUGAUACCGGAAGCUCUAACCUUUGGGUGCCAUCAGGAAAAUGUUUUUUCUCGCUGUCUUGUUACUUUCAUGCUAAGUACAAGUCCUCGCGAUCAAGCACAUAUAAGAAGAGUGGAAAACGUGCCGCAAUCCAUUACGGCUCAGGAUCAAUCUCUGGUUUCUUUAGUUAUGAUGCUGUCACGGUUGGUGAUUUGGUUGUCAAAGAUCAGGAGUUUAUUGAGACAACCAGUGAGCCUGGUUUAACAUUCCUGGUGGCUAAGUUUGAUGGUCUUCUUGGUCUUGGGUUCCAAGAGAUCGCUGUUGGAAACGCUACUCCUGUUUGGUACAAUAUGCUCAAGCAAGGCCUUAUAAAGAGGCCGGUCUUUUCAUUUUGGCUUAACCGUGAUCCAAAGAGUGAAGAAGGCGGUGAAAUCGUAUUCGGAGGUGUUGAUCCAAAGCAUUUUAGAGGAGAACAUACAUUUGUUCCUGUGACACAAAGGGGUUACUGGCAGUUCGACAUGGGUGAGGUUCUCAUUGCCGGUGAAUCUACUGGAUAUUGUGGAAGUGGUUGUUCUGCGAUAGCAGAUUCUGGAACAUCGUUACUUGCGGGUCCAACGGCUGUGGUUGCCAUGAUAAAUAAGGCUAUUGGAGCAUCUGGAGUUGUUAGCCAGCAGUGCAAGACUGUUGUUGACCAGUAUGGACAAACCAUUUUGGAUUUACUUUUGGCUGAGACUCAACCAAAGAAGAUUUGCUCACAAAUUGGUCUUUGCGCUUACGAUGGCACCCAUGGGGUCAGUAUGGGGAUUGAAUCGGUGGUGGACAAGGAAAACACAAGAUCAUCUAGUGGUCUUCGAGACGCGGGUUGUCCUGCAUGUGAAAUGGCGGUUGUGUGGAUACAGAGCCAAUUGAGGCAGAACAUGACUCAAGAGAGGAUAGUGAACUACAUUAAUGAGGUAGAAAGACAAUAACAAGUUUAUAUCUUGUGGAAGUAAGUAAUGAUAUUGUUUUUGUUCUGAUACCAAAAUCGUAAAUUCUUAGAUAUGCGAGCGCAUGCCUAGUCCAAAUGGAGAGUCUGCUGUUGACUGCUCACAACUUUCUAAAAUGCCUACUGUUUCAUUCACCAUUGGAGGCAAAGUCUUUGAUCUUGCUCCCGAAGAGGUACAUUCUAUAUGUUGCCCUUGAUGACAUUUUGAAAACAUAUGUAUAUUAUUUGUGACUGAUAAUGUUUGUGGGAACUAACAGUACGUACUGAAGAUUGGGGAAGGACCAGUGGCACAAUGUAUUAGCGGCUUUACCGCACUUGAUAUCCCUCCACCUCGUGGACCUCUCUGGUAAAUAUCGCGACACGUAAUACGUAAUGAUGAUUGCUUUUUUACAAUGUUAGAUUCUGUCUGAUGUGGUUUUUUAACAUUGGCCAGGAUACUUGGAGAUGUGUUUAUGGGAAAAUACCACACUGUCUUUGACUUCGGAAACGAGCAGGUUGGCUUCGCAGAAGCCGUGUGAAAAAUGUAACAUCGAUCUUUUGUUGAUAUGUUUUUGGUGUGAGAGCUUUGUUGUGUUGUGUUUACAUGGAGAGGUUUUAAGAAUGAAGCCUCGUUGUUGUUGUUAACAAUGUUUUGCCAUAAACAUACGUUAAAGCUUUGGGGAUGUUUUCUUUCUAACUCUCACCAAUAAAUAAAAUAAAGACCUCUUUUUAAAUAACU